AUGUCGGAUAAAAUGUCCAGCUUCCUGCACAUCGGGGACAUCUGCUCCCUGUACGCAGAAGGGUCCACCAGUGGUUUCAUCAGCACCCUGGGCUUGGUGGAUGACCGCUGUGUGGUUCAGCCUGAUGCAGGGGACCUCAACAACCCUCCCAAGAAGUUCAGAGAUUGUCUCUUCAGAUUGUGUCCGAUGAACCGCUACUCGGCCCAAAAGCAAUUCUGGAAAGCAGCCAAGCCUGGAGGGAACACGGACACAGUGCUGCUCAACAAGCUCCAUCAUGCAGCUGACCUGGAGAAGAAACAAAAUGACUCGGAAAACAAAAAGCUGCUCGGAACAGUGAUUCAGUACGGGAAUGUUAUUCAGCUCCUCCACUUAAAGAGCAACAAAUACCUGACAGUGAACAAGCGCUUGCCUGCUCUCUUGGAAAAGAACGCCAUGAGGGUGAUGCUGGACCCUGCAGGAAAUGAAGGUUCUUGGUUCUACAUCCAGCCUUUCUAUAAACUACGCUCCAUCGGGGACAGUGUUGUGAUUGGUGACAAAGUGGUCUUGAACCCAGUGAAUGCAGGGCAGCCACUCCACGCCAGCACACACCAACUCGUAGAUAACCCGGGAUGCAACGAGGUGAAUUCAGUCAACUGCAACACAAGCUGGAAGAUCGUCUUGUUCAUGAAAUGGAGCGACAAUCAGGAGAUUGUCUUAAAAGGGGGUGAUGUAGUACGCUUGUUUCAUGCAGAGCAGGAAAAAUUCCUUACUUGUGAUGAUCACAGGAAAAAACAGUAUGUAUUUCUUCGCACCACUGGACGACAGUCAGCUACCUCAGCAACCAGUAGCAAAGCCCUAUGGGAGAUAGAGGUCGUACAACAUGACCCCUGCCGAGGGGGGGCAGGCUACUGGAACAGCCUGUUCAGGUUCAAGCACCUGGCGACUGGGCAUUACCUUGCUGCAGAGGUGAAUCCAGAAUAUGAAGAGGAGGUUAUCGAUUCUCAUGUUUCUUUGGAUUUGGAGCGGGAAGCCUUGCGGACCAAUUUGAGAAAUGUACAAGAUAAAGUGAUGUACACACUGGUCUCUGUUCCUGAAGGAAAUGACAUUUCUUCUAUAUUUGAGCUGGACCCAACCACACUAAGGGGAGGAGACUCACUAGUACCCAGGAAUUCAUACGUGCGCCUCAGACAUCUGUGUACUAAUACGUGGGUCCACAGCACCAACCAACCCAUUGACAAAGAGGAAGAAAAGCCUGUCAUGCUUCGUAUUGGCACAUCUGCCUUGAAAGAGGACAAAGAGGCCUUUGCAAUUGUACCCGUCUCCCCAGCAGAAGUGCGAGACCUUGACUUUGCCAAUGAUGCUAGUAAAGUGCUGGCAUCCAUUGCUGGAAAGCUUGAAAAAGGCACCAUCACACAGAAUGAGAGAAGAGCAGUCACAAAACUUCUAGAAGAUUUGGUGUUUUUUGUGGUUGACAUUCCCAACAAUGGACAAGAUGUUCUUGAGAUUACAGUCAACAAGCCGAACAGAGAAAGGCAGAAACUCAUGAGAGAACAGAAUAUUCUCAAACAGAUCUUCAAGCUGCUUCAGGCCCCCUUUACUGACAGUGGUGAUGGUCCAAUGCUGCGAUUGGAGGAGCUCGCUGACCAACGGCAUGCCCCUUUCAGACACAUCUGUCGACUCUGUUACCGGGUUUUGCGUCACUCCCAACAGGACUACCGCAAGAAUCAGGAAUAUAUUGCCAAACAAUUUCGUUUCAUGCAGAAACAAAUUGGCUAUGAUGUUUUGGCAGAAGACACUAUCACAGCUCUCCUGCAUAACAACCGCAAACUAUUGGAGAAACACAUUACUGCUGCUGAGAUUGACACGUUUGUCAGCUUGGUACGCAAGAACCGAGAGCCCAGGUUCUUGGACUACUUGUCGGAUUUGUGUGUGUCAAUGAAUAAAUCCAUUCCGGUGACACAGGAGCUGAUUUGCAAUGCUGUGCUGGAUCCAGCUAAUGGAGACAUUUUAAUUGAAACCAAACUAGUGUUGUCGAGAUUUGAGAUAGAAGGGGAAGCGCUUGGCGACAACUCUGAGGAGUCAGAGGAAGAUGAGGAAGAGGUUUGGUUGUUCUGGAAGGACAGCAAUAAAGAGAUUCGCAGUAAAAGCAUCAGAGAGUUGGCCCAGGAUGCCAAGGAGGAUCAAAAGGAGGACCAGGAGGUGAUCAGUUACUAUAGGUACCAGCUCAACUUGUUUGCCAGGAUGUGUUUGGACAGGCAGUACCUGGCGAUUAACAAAAUCUCUGGCCAGCUGGAUGUAGACCUGAUCUUGCGAUGCAUGUCUGAUGAAGACUUACCUUAUGAUCUGCGAGCUUCCUUUUGCCGCAUGAUGCUUCACAUGCAUGUAGACCGUGAUCCCCAGGAGCAGGUGACACCAGUCAAAUACGCACGACUUUGGUCCGAAAUCCCAUCUGAAAUUGCCAUAGAUGAUUAUGACAAUGACGGAACAUCUAAAGAUGAAAUUAAGGAACGAUUCUCCCAGACUAUGGAGUUUGUUGAGAACUACCUCAGAGAUGUUGUUUGUCAGAGUUUUCCUUUCGCAGAUAAAGAAAAGAAUAAGCUCACCUUUGAGGUGGUAAAUUUGUCUAGGAAUCUGAUUUAUUUUGGCUUUUACAACUUCAGCGACUUGCUAAGACUCACCAAGAUACUGUUAGCUAUUCUGGACUGUGUCCAUGUGAGCACAAUUUUUCCUUUCAACAAGCUGGAAAAGGGAGAUGAGAACAAAGGUAUGAUCAACGUGCGUGGUCUUCUAGGCAGUAAUGUGAUAAGGUCCAUUCAUGGUGUUGGGGAGCUCAUGUCUCAGGUUGUCCUUAGAGGUGGUGGCUUUUUACCCACAACGUCAAUAAGCACCUCCAGUGGAAACACUGUAAAAUCUCAGACUGAACCAGAGAAACAGGACAUUUUGGUCAUGGACACCAAGCUGAAGAUCAUUGAGAUCCUCCAGUUCAUAUUGAACGUCCGCCUGGACUAUAGGAUCUCCUGUCUGUUGUCCAUCUUUAAGAGGGAGUUUGAUGAGAGCAACUCCCCAAGUGAAUUAUCUGUAGCCGGAACAGUUGAAAGUCCAAACAAUAUGCCAGGGGCACUGGAUUUUGAACAUAUAGAAGAACAGGCAGAAGGGAUAUUUGGUGGAAGUGAAGAGAACACCCCCUUGGACCUGGACGAUCAUGGUGGAAGGACUUUUCUGAGAGUCCUUCUCCACUUGACCAUGCAUGACUAUCCCCCUCUAGUGUCCAGGGCUCUUCAACUGCUAUUUCGGCAUUUCAGUCAAAGGCAGGAGGUUCUUCAGGCAUUUAAGCAGGUUCAACUGCUAGUCACCAGCCAAGAUGUGGAGAAUUACAAACAAAUUAAGUCCGACCUGGACCAGCUGCGCUCCAUCGUGGAGAAGUCUGAGCUCUGGGUGUAUAAAAGGCAGGGUCCAGACGAGGUCCUAGAUACAGGAGAGGUGCUGUCCCCUGAAUCAGAGCAUAAAAAGGGGGAUUCUGGAGGAGCUGAAAAACAAACCAAACCGGAGAGUACUAGUAGUUAUAACUACAGGGUGGUGAAGGAGAUCCUUCUACGCCUAUGCAGGCUUUGUGUCCAGGAGGGCCAGUCAGGCAGGAAGAGCAAGAAGCAGCAACAGAGGUUACUGCGGAACAUGGGGGCUCAUGCUGUUGUGCUUGAGCUACUACAGAUCCCUUAUGAAAAGGGUGAAGAUUUACGCAUGCAGGAUAUCAUGAGGUUAGCUCAUCAGUUUCUACAAAGCUUCUGUGCAGGAAACCAGCAGAACCAAGCUCUGCUUCACAAGCACAUUAAUCUCUUUCUCAACCCUGGGUUUUUGGAAGCUAUAACCAUGCAGCAUAUUUUCAUGAACAACUUCCAGCUAUGCAGUGAGAUCAAUGAACGUGUGGUUCAGCACUUUGUCCACUGUAUUGAGACUCAUGGGCGCAAUGUCCAGUACCUUAAAUUUCUGCAGACUAUUGUUAAGGCAGAAAAUAAGUUCAUCAAAAAGUGUCAGGACAUCGUCAUGGCUGAGCUGGUGAACGCAGGCGAAGACGUUUUGGUUUUCUACAAUGAUCGCGCUUCUUUCCAAACACUCGUACAGAUGAUGCGAUCAGAGCGUGAUCGUAUGGAUGAGAACAGUGCACUCAUGUACCACAUUCACCUGGUGGAACUUCUGGCUGUCUGCACAGAAGGCAAAAAUGUAUAUACGGAAAUAAAAUGUAACUCACUGCUACCAUUGGAUGACAUUGUGCGAGUAGUGACUAAUGAAGACUGCAUCCCUGAGGUCAAAAUUGCCUAUAUCAACUUCCUAAACCAUUGUUAUGUGGACACUGAGGUUGAAAUGAAGGAAAUUUACACUUCGAACCACAUGUGGAAGCUCUUUGAGAACUUCCUAGUUGACAUUUGCAGAGUUUGCAACAAUACCAGUGAUCGCAAGCACGCUGACACCAUAUUAGAGCGUUACGUGACUGAGACGGUUAUGAGCAUUGUUACCACUUUUUUCAGCUCACCUUUUUCUGAUCAAAGCACUACCUUGCAGACCAGACAGCCAGUCUUUGUGCAGCUGUUGCAGGCGGUGUUCAGGGCCUACCAUUGCAACUGGUUGUUUCCUGUUCAAAAAGGCUUUGUAGAGAAUUGUAUCAAAGUAUUGUCAGAUGUUGCCAAAGGUAGAGCUAUCGCUAUUCCUGUGGAUCUAGACAACCAAGUGAACAACCUGUUUGUGAAAUCCAAUAACAUUGUACAGAAAACUGCAAUGAGCUGGAGACUGUCUGCUCGUAAUGCUGCCCGUAGAGACUCUGUGGUUACAGCGUCACGUGAUUACAGGAAUAUCAUUGAAAGGCUGCAGGACAUUGUGUCAGCGCUGGAAGACCGCCUGCGACCCUUGGUCCAGGCUGAGCUGUCCGUUCUUGUGGAUGUGUUGCAUCGGCCUGAGCUGCUUUUUCCAGAAAACACUGACUCGCGAAAGAAGUGUGAGAGUGGAGGUUUUAUUUGCAAGCUGAUCAAACACACAAAGCAGCUGCUGGAGGAAAAUGAGGAGAGACUCUGCAUCAAGGUUCUGCAAACACUUAGAGAGAUGAUGACUAAAGACCGUGGUUAUGGAGAGAAGCUCAGGGCCUUUGAUGAUGAGAUGGAUAUGCCUAAGCAGCUGGAUCAGAACCAGCCUGAGAAGUUGUUGGAAGACCAGAAAAGGGGCGAGGCACUGAGGCAGAUUCUGGUGAACCGUUACUAUGGCAACUUCCAUCGGAGUGGUGGGCGGAGGGACAGUUUGACGUCAUUCAGCAGUGGCCCCCUCAGCCCUGUAGGACCCAGCAAAAAGCAGUCAGUGCUAACAGGCCCUGGUGGCCUAAGUCGAGGGGAAAUGAGCCUAUCAGAGGUGCAGUGCCACUUGGACAAAGAAGGAGCUUCUGAUCUGGUUAUUGACCUCAUCAUGAACACCACCAGUGACAGAGUCUUUCAAGAAAGCAUUCUCCUAGCAAUCGCUUUACUGGAAGGUGGAAACACGACUAUCCAGCGUUCAUUCUUCUGCCGUCUGACAGAGGACAAAAAGUCAGAAAAGUUUUUUCGGGUGUUCUAUGAUCGCAUGAAGCUGGCACAGCUGGAGAUCAAAGCUACAGUGACAGUAAAUACUAGUGACCUUGGAAACAGGAAGAGAGAUUACGACAGCCAGGACAGAGACACACCAGUCCGCAAAAAAGCAAGAGAAUCAUCAGUUGUCAUGACAGAAGAAGUGCGAGAACAACUACUCGAGGCCUCAUCUGCCACCAAGAAAGCUUUUAACUCUUACCGACGUGAGACUGACCCAGAGGAGCAUUUCACCUCAGCAGAUGGCCAACCAAGCACGGGGGACAAGAAUCAGGAUGAAGGGGAGAUGAGCUACGUCAUUAUUAUUAUGCAGCCUAUUCUUCGUUUCUUGCAGCUACUUUGUGAGAACCACAACCGUGAUCUACAGAACUUUCUUCGCUGUCAAAACCACAAGAACAACUACAACCUGGUGUGUGAAACUCUUCAGUUCCUGGACUGCAUCUGUGGUAGUACCACAGGAGGUCUGGGCUUGUUAGGGCUCUACAUCAACGAGAAGAAUGUUGCUCUCAUAAACCAAACUCUAGAAAGCCUCACAGAGUACUGCCAAGGUCCAUGUCAUGAAAAUCAGAAUUGCAUUGCCACUCACGAGUCUAAUGGUAUUGAUAUUAUCAUUGCUCUGAUCCUUAAUGACAUCAACCCACUUGGAAAAAAGCGAAUGGAUCUGGUGCUGGAGCUCAAGAACAAUGCAUCCAAGUUGCUGCUUGCCAUCAUGGAGAGCCGUCAUGACAGCGAGAAUGCUGAGAGGAUCCUUUACAACAUGAGACCAAAAGAGCUUGUGGAGGUGAUAAAAAAAGCCUACCUGCAGGGAGAGGUGGAGUUUGAAGACACAAAGGAGGAGGAGGAAAAUGAGGAUGACGAGGACCAUGAUGCAGCAUCUCCCAGAAACGUUGGCCACAACAUUUAUAUCUUAGCUCAUCAGUUGGCCCGGCAUAAUAAGGAGCUGUCCAUUAUGUUGAAGCCUGGAGGAGCCAGUGGAGAUGGCGACGAGGCUUUGGAAUUUUACGCCAACCACACUGCUCAAAUAGAGAUUGUGCGCCAGGACCGCACCAUGGAAGAGAUUGUGUUCCCAGUGCCCAACAUCUGUGAGUUCCUAACCUCCGAGUCCAAGGUUCGAGUUUACUACACAACUGAGAGAGAUGAGCAAGGCAGUAAGAUCAACGACUUCUUCUUGCGAGCAGAGGACCUCUUCAGUGAGAUGAACUGGCAGAAGAAGCUUCGAGCUCAGCCAGUGUUGUACUGGUGUUCAAGAAACAUUUCAGUUUGGAGCAACGUAUCCUUCAAUCUGGCUGUGCUCAUGAAUCUGCUUGUCUGUUUCUUCUACCCGCUGGAGGGGAUACAUGGAGGGACACUGGACACCCACCUGUCUGCUCUUUUGUGGAUGGGGGUCUUGGCAACACUUAUUAUCGUGAUCAUCAUGCCUCAACCGCUGGGCAUCCGCGCUCUUGUCAUCGUCACUAUCCUACGGCUUAUCUUCUCAGUUGGCCUUGAGCCUACUUUGUUCCUGCUCGGUGCCUUCAAUGUAUGUAACAAAAUCAUUUUCCUGAUGAGUUUUUUGGGAAACCGUGGCACCUUCAGUCGGGGCUACAAAGCCAUGGUGAUGGACUUCGAAUUCCUCUACCAUUUCAUCUACCUGCUCAUCUGUAGCCUAGGGGUGUUUGUUCAUGUCUUCUUCUACAGUCUGUUGCUUUUUGACCUGGUGUACCGAGAAGAAACUCUGCUGAAUGUCAUCAAGAGUGUUACACGCAAUGGACGCUCCAUUGUGCUAACAGCAGUGCUUGCACUCAUCCUGGUUUACUUGUUCUCCAUUGUUGGCUAUAUUUUCUUCAAAGAUGACUUCAUCCUGGAAGUUGAUCGCAUUCCCAACACAACACUAAAAAAUGGGGCCAGCUUCACCAAUGAACUUUUAUCCGAGAAAAUGUGUCAAGCUGGGGUUGAUGAAAACUGCACUGCAGGGAGCAUGCAUGAAGAUGUGGACAGCGACGAGUCACAGGAUAACGACAUGGAACGGACGUGCGACUCUCUACUGAUGUGUAUUGUCACUGUUCUGAGUCAUGGCUUGAGAAGCGGCGGGGGUGUGGGCGAUGUUCUUCGUAAGCCUUCCAAAGAGGAGCCACUGUUUGCAGCACGAGUAAUUUACGACCUGUUGUUCUUCUUCAUGGUCAUCAUCAUCGUCCUAAACCUAAUUUUUGGUGUCAUCAUCGACACUUUUGCGGACCUGAGAAGUGAAAAACAGAAGAAAGAAGAAGUCCUAAAGACCACUUGCUUCAUUUGUGGCCUGGAGAGGGACAAAUUUGACAACAAAACUGUGACGUUUGAGGAGCACAUUAAGGAAGAGCACAAUAUGUGGCAUUACCUAUUCUUCAUCGUGUUGGUGAAAGUAAAAGAUUCAACAGAGUACACGGGCCCUGAGAGCUAUGUGGCUGAGAUGAUCAAGGAGCACAACCUUGACUGGUUUCCAAGGAUGCGUGCAAUGUCUCUGGUGAGCAGCGAUGGGGAAGGCGAGCAGAAUGAAAUUCGGAGUCUACAGGAGAAGUUGGAGUCAACCAUGAGGCUAGUGGCCAACCUGUCGGGGCAAUUGACUGAGCUCAAGGAGCAGAUGACAGAGCAGAGGAAGCAGAAGCAGAGAAUUGGUCUUCUUGGUCAUCCCCCUCACAUGAACAUCAACCCCCAGCAACCUGCUUGA